CCAUUUCUUUGUGCAUUCGUCUCGGUUGAGUGUGAGAUGGUCUGCUUGCAUCACUGCGCGGUGGUGACGUGUGGCGUCUGGGAGCUGUCCCAGGAAUCAUGGUGCUGAAGCUGCUGCUGCUGCAGCUGCAGCAGCGAUUCAGCAGCCAAUGAUCACGGGAGGAUCCGGGGCUACGGAUGCUUUCACCCACAACAGGACAGUCCGACCAUCGUGUUGGAUUUUAACGGGAGGGAUUUCUACGCGUGGAACGUGGGGAUCCGGUCAUUUGGGAUGUAAGCUUCACGCGGACUUGUCAGCCACCUGCAGUCUGGCAGGAGAUUUAACGAGAAGAAGAAGAAGAAAAAUCCUGAAACUGUGAGUCGUAUGGCAAUUUUGGGUGUCUCGCCAGCGGUUUCAUUUUUUUUUAACUUAAUGGCUUCAGACACUUGUUUGCAUCGAUGGGAUUUAUUUGCCUUUUGGAUUUCUGUCACCGCAUCAAGACGAUAAGCGACUUUCAAUUAGAAUACACCAAUAUCAACCCGGAAAACUAAAAGGGCUCCUUGCAAACCCGCAACCCCGCACCGCGCAUUCAACGCCAUAUGAGCAAGUGUUGACCUCCGCAUGGUGCCGUGAGUUGGUGGCCGGACACAGCCCGAUGCUGCGCAGCCCGGGCAUGCUGAAGAGCCGCUGCUGCGUCCUGCUCGGGGACCUGAGGCUGCUCCUUCUCGGGCCACCGACACCGCUGCCCCCGCUGACCCCCAUGAGCGUCCAAGGCACGGACACUCGCGAAACGUGCGUCGUCGUCGUCCCCGACAACAACAACACGUUGACGCGGAGCCAUCAGCGCGCGGGGGACCGGGUUGCCCCCCCUGCGGCGGGGGCCACGGGCGCGUCGGCCGGAGAGCGGCCGUGCUGGGUUGACGCCGCCGAGCUGUCGGCGGCCCUGCGCGGCUGCAGCAGCUCCUCCGACGACUGCUCGAAGGGCAAACUGGAGGAGAGGUUCUCCCUCACCAGCUACACGGAAAGUGGUUUCAGGACUCCCUUGUGCAGGAUCUGCUUCCAGGGACCCGAAUACGGGGAGCUCCUGAGCCCAUGUCGGUGCAACGGAUCGGUACGCUGCACCCACCAUCCCUGCCUCAUCAAAUGGAUCAGCGAGAGAGGCUCCUGGGCGUGUGAGCUCUGCUACUACAAAUACCAGGUCAUCGCCAUCAGCACCAAGAACCCGCUUCAGUGGCAAGCCAUCUCCUUGACCGUGAUAGAGAAAGUGCAGAUAGCAGCAGCCAUCCUGGGCUCCCUGUUCCUCAUGGCCAGUAUCUCCUGGCUGGUGUGGUCGUCCUUCAGCCCGUCAGCCCGCUGGCAGAGGCAAGAUCUGCUGUUCCAGAUCUGCUACGGCAUGUACGGCUUCAUGGACAUCGUCUGCAUCGCACUGAUUGUCCACGAGGGGCCGUCGGUGUUUCGGAUAUUCCACCGCUGGCAGGCCGUCAACCAGCAGUGGAAGGUCCUGAACUAUUGCAAGUCGAUGGACAGUGAAGACCUGAAGAAAUCCCCCGUGGACAGGACUCUGUCUCAGCCCAGCCCGGGUUAUCCGACCGGCGUGGGAGUGUCCACCUCCACCUCCUCGCUGAUGGCGGUGGCCUCCGCGGCCGACGGCUCCACCACUACGGCCGUGGUGGCGCCCGCCGAGGGAGUGGGAACAAACGUGGACCCCGACGGCGGCAGCGCGGUGCCGGACCAGCACUGUCCCUACAGCAUCCUCCACCUGCUCAGUCACCUCAGGCAGCCAGAGGUCCGCGGACAACCAAGCAACGGCACACGCGAGCUGGUCAUGAGAGUCACUACGGUCUGAGGAGUCCGUUAGAGGCCUUAUGGAGGUGAACCAGUCAUGAACUAGGGGGGAAAAAAAUACGUAUCUCAACUGUUCUUCUUUGUUUCAAAAAGCAUCUCUGAUGUCCUUAUGUGCAUUGAAUAAAAGUGGUUUGAUUUGCA